AGCUGUGUGAUUGGCCGCAACCAGUUUCGCAGCACCUACCUACACCUACCUACACCUACCUACACCGCUGAUCUUUCUUGAAUGCAAAUUCAAAAUCGUAAACCCAGUAGUUAUCAGCUACAAUAGGCAAUCCAACGAAGCUAUCUGCAACAGGAUUACCAUCGUUAAUGGCAUGGCGAACCAAGACAACCAAUAUCGAGUGGUAGUGUUUGGCGCUGGGAGAGUUGGCAAAUCAUCGCUUGUCCUCCGCUUCCUGAAGAACACCUUUCCCCAAUCUUACGUACCCACCGUCGAAGAUUUUUAUAGUCAAAACGUGGAGUUCCUAUCCUAUACCCUCAAUGGCCAGUGGAUACCAUGCAAAGAGAAUUCGGUGUGCAAUCUUGAGAUCGUUGACACGGCGGGUAGUUAUUCUUUCCCAGCCAUGCAACGACUCAAUAUUUCCAAAGGACAUGCCUUCAUUAUGGUUUAUUCCGUAACAUCAAGACAAACUCUAGAGCAACUCGAGUCCAUCUGGGAAACCAUCCUCGAAAUUAAAGGAUCGUUAGACAAUGUACCUUUAAUGCUGGUUGGCAACAAAUGCGAUGAAAUAGAAGCGCGUGAACUCACAAUCGAGGAGGGCCAAGAACAAGCACGUCAAUGGUCGUCCUCCUUUAUAGAAACUUCAGCCAAGGCCAGCUACAACGUCAAAAAACUCUUCCGGGAGCUGCUGCUUUUGGAGAAGACGAGAAGCUUACGUAUCCCGCAGGAUUUCCAAGAAUUAAGAAUAGCGAACGCGAAAAGUUGGCCUUAACACACGACACAUUGUAUUGGAUUUAACGCCGAGAAAAAAAAUUCUUAAUUCUUAUCCCUUUACAAAACUGAGGAAACUGUGGAUGGUUUUUUUAUUUGUUUUUUAGUUUUCUUAAAUUUUUUAUUUACCAUUGCCCGUACAGCUUGAUUUGAGUCUUACUUGCCUGUGCGGAAAAAAAUGGCUGAUUGUUCGUCACAUUAGCUGUAUUUCUAAAAUUGAUGGUGUACACUUUACGCAGACGCCGUCUCUGUCGGUGGGAGUUAUACAGUUAACAGAUAACCAGCACACGAAUCGUCAAGAGCGAUCUCUUCCGGCUGGUACAGCUUUCUGUGAAAUCACAAAUACGUUUAUGGUAUAAGGAGUGUGAGCUGUCGUUAAUCUAUUCGUUAAAUUUUUCUACACAAGACGAUGUAAAAUGGGUGCUCGAUGCUGUUGUCCACAUGGGAAUGUGGUAAAGAAUUUCCAAGGGAAUCUCAAUGUUUCAGCAUGAUUACGAUCGAAUGAGCAUGGAUGACCACGACAUCAUCCAUGAAGGGCAAGUUUAACUAAUGGCGUUUAAUGUGUGUUUUGCGGAAUUAAAGACCACACAGAUGCAUACAGCAAUAUCUUGCUUUUGUUUGUCCCUCACCUCUUGUACGAUGUAUGCGCUAUUUCUUAAAACUAUCCACCUUGUUCCCACCGUCGAUAUUUAUUCUUGGGACAGUACACAUCUAAUGUUCUUGAAAA